AUGGCGGACGCCACGUGCACCGAAAACAGUGAGAGAAAAUGCGGUCCCGGACGCUCACAACACAUGGCACAGCUACCAGGUGCGAGCAAACCAACCUCCCACAUGGCGCCCCAGCACAACGCUCAUCUCAAGGUGCACAGUACUGGACUUUGGCUCCGACACAGGAGCAG